CCCAACACUUCGUCCAGCCUCGCCGUCACCGCUGGGAGAAACAGAGGGAUCAUCGGGCGACGUUGUGGCGACGCAUAAAUACGUCCUUUUUUCAGGGGGGGGAGAUCCGUUCCUCGUCAGUUUCGUGUUGGAAAACCACCGAACCGCGUACCUAACGGUGGUGCGGGAUAGCAGGAGGACGGGAUGGGGGAGAACGCGGCGUUUGUGCUGCUGCUCGCGGCGACCUUGACGCUUUCAUCCGAGGUACCUGUGGAUGACUCCGUUGGCUUGCUAACUGAACCCCAGGUUGCCAUGUUCUGUGGGAAGCUCAACAUGCACAUCAACGUGCAGAGCGGCAAGUGGGAGGCGGACCCGUCCGGCACCAAGAGCUGCAUCGACACCAAGGAGGGCCUUCUGCGCUACUGCCAGGAGGUCUAUCCAGAGCUUCAGAUCACAAAUGUUGUGGAGGCCAACCAGCCGGUCAGCAUUACUAAUUGGUGCAAGAAAGGCCGUAAGCAGUGUCGCAGCCACCCACACAUUGUGGUGCCAUACCGCUGUUUGGUUGGAGAGUUUGUUAGCGAUGCCCUUCUCGUUCCCGACAAGUGCAAGUUUCUGCACCAGGAGCGCAUGGAUCAGUGUGAGAGCCACCUGCACUGGCACACUGUGGCCAAAGAGUCCUGUGGAGACCGUUCUAUGAAUCUCCAUGACUACGGGAUGCUGUUGCCGUGCAAUGUCGAUCGUUUCCGAGGGGUGGAGUUUGUGUGCUGCCCAGUGGAGGGGGAGCGUGAGAUGGACAGCGCGGAGAGAGAAGGGGUGGAGUCUGAUGUGUGGUGGGGCGGAGCUGAGACCGAAUACUCCGACGACAGCAUGACGCGUCCAGCCGCCACGGAACCCGCCACCGCCGAGGACGUGGAGGACGCCUCCGAGGAGGAGGAGGAAAACCACGAGGACGAAGACUUGAUAGACGAUCGCGACAGCAAGGAGCGCAGUGCCAUCAUUGCCAUGACAACCACCACUACCACCACCACUGAAUCUGUGGAAGAAGUCGUGCGAGCCGUUUGCUGGGCUCGCGCUGAGUCGGGCCCCUGCCACGGCAUGCUGGAGCGCUGGUACUUCGAGCCCGAGAGCGGCCGCUGCGCUCCCUUCUUAUUCGGGGGCUGCGGCGGCAACAGGAAUAACUUUGAGACAGAGGAGUACUGCCUCGCUGUCUGCAGCAGCUCGUUGCCCACGGUGGCGCCCAGUCCUCCCGACGCCGUGGAUCGAUACCUGGAAGCGCCCGGGGACGACAACGAACACGCCAACUUCCAGAAGGCAAAGGAACAGCUGGAGGCCAAACACAGAGAGAAGAUGUCUGUGGUGAUGAGGGAGUGGGAGGAGGCUGAGAGGCAGGCUAAGAGCCUCCCUCGUGCAGAAAAGAAAGCCCUCAUCCAGCACUUCCAGGAGAAGGUGGAGGCCUUGGAGCAAGAGGCUGCCGACGAGAGACAGCAGCUGGUGGAGACCCACAUCGCACGGGUGGAGGCGCUGAUCAACAGCCGCCGCCGCCUGGCUCUGGAAAAUUACCUCAAUGCUCUGCAGGCCAACCCCCCACGGCCCAACCAGGUGCUGAACCUGCUGAAGAAGUACGUCCGCGCCGAGCAGAAGGACAGGCAGCACACGCUCAAACACUACGAACACGUACACAGCGUCGACCCCAAGAAGGCGGCGCAGAUCCGACCUCAGGUCUUGACCCACCUUCGCGCGAUCGAGGAGAGGAUGAACCAGUCUCUGGGUUUGCUCUUCAAAGUUCCCCGAGUGGCAAAUGAGAUCCAGAACCAAGUCGCAAUUAUUGUGCAGAGAGUCCUGUCGGAGCAGUCCCAGCAGGUGUCUUCCCUGCAGACUGACAAGCGGGUGGACGGCAGGAUCAGCUACGGUAACGACGCCCUGAUGCCGGAUCAGGCCUUCAGCUCUGCUCCCAUGGAUCCAGGUCUGGACCGACUGGGCUUCAUUCACCCGGAGAGCUUCAACCAGCCCAAUACAGAAAACCACGUGGAGCCGGUGGAUGCUCGACCCAACCCAGACAGAGGACUCCCAACACGACCCGUUUCGGCCCUGAAGCCAGAGGAGAUGGCAAAUGUCCGAAUGGAGACGGGAGACAGGCAGAGUGCCAGCUUUGAAGUUUACCACGAGAAACGGGUUCUGCUCUCUGAGGACGUCGGGUCCAAUAAGGGUGCUAUUAUCGGGCUCAUGGUUGGAGGCGUUGUCAUAGCGACCAUCAUCGUCAUCACUUUGGUUAUGCUCAGGAAGAAGCAGUACACGUCCAUCCACCACGGGGUGAUUGAGGUGGAUGCCGCCGUGACCCCCGAGGAACGCCAUCUGGCCCGUAUGCAGCAGAACGGCUACGAGAACCCCACCUACAAGUUCUUCGAGCAGAUGCAGAACUAAAGAAGGCCUCGCCGCCACUUCUCUGUGGCCAACGCCCCAGCCAAUACCCUGUUACACCCCCAUCCAUUCCAUUGUCGCCCCCCACCCGCCCUGCACAGCUCCUGGUACCCCGCGGGGAGCAGGAGGGCCGGGUGAGGACUUCUGAAACCGCCGAUCGGUGUCUUUCACCAGAAAAGGAAAACAUUGAGCCGCUUUCAGUGCAGGAACCCAGCAUGGAACGGUGCCGUUGCCAUGGACGGUAAAGAGGAUGAACCGUCUGGACCGAACCGUUCUGUUCCGUCAGCACUGGACAUUUUAUUUAUGACCCCGCCCCCCCCUCAUCGGCCACACGUCACCUGCGCUCAAGCCUCUCCAUGCUGCAUGAUUUACAUUUUCUAUACGAAAAUAGGAAAUGAAGUGAAAAACAAAACAAAGAAAACAAGCAAAAUCAUGGUAUAUAAAAGCAGAACUUAUUUAUGAUUUGUUGUGAAUGUGUAAUAUAUAUUAGCUGUAAGUAUGCAGUGCAUGGAAACAUUGUUGGUGGGGGGAGGGGGUCGUCAGACGCUCCUCUGAUCAUUUUAGCAGGAUUUGUGUAUAUAUCUUUUUGUGCGUCUUCUUUGUGAUGUUGUGAUCUGGAGAAGUGCCGCUCCGCUUUGUCGUCACACGGACUCGCUUUAGCCCCGAUGCUCGCCGCGCCUCGCCGUUGUGUUGGCUGCAUGGACGCCGCUCUGUAAAACACGAGGCUCGCGCCGCCGGAUCCCAAAUGAGUCGUUUUGCUUUUCUAUGCACUAGGUUUGUGACGGUUGCCACCAAAUAUUAAUUUUAUGACCGUACUGCACUUUUUUUUUUUUCCAACAAGCAUUUGUGUGAUAAUUCUGCAGGUUUUUUGGGAAAGCAUUCCAGAGUCUACGCUUGAUUGUACACUUUUCAACACUUUGUUCCUCACUUAUUCUGAAAAAAAAAAAAAAAAAAAAAACUUGCGAUGGUUUCUAACAAACAUUCCUCCCCAUAUUCUAUUUUUCUACAUGCGUGUACAUGUGCCGCGCUUCCGUCUGGUGUUUUCUUUGCCUGUGAGUGUGUAGUACCGCUCACCGCCACCAGGACACCUUCACCUCUGUGGGAAAAAUCUGAAUGUGACGCGCGUCUCUCAGAGUCCCCAAAAAAAUACAACACAUAUCGCCUCACCAUGUGUCGACCCCCACUAAAGCUCCCGAUCAGGUGAAUGUUGAACCGUUUGUAUCGACGAUCACUCGCUCUGUGGAGCCCGGUGAUUAAAGAUGUUUUUCUUCUCCA